GAAGCCUCCACAUAGUGCCGGACGGGAAAUAACCCGAUGAAUACUCUUCUUUAUUUUUUAUUAUUUUUUUAAAUUACUAUUAUUAUUAUUAUUAUUAUUGACACUGUGUAAAUUAAAAACCUGGCAGCUCCCGGGGCGGGGCGUCACUCCUGACAGCGACGCAGAAACUCUCCUUGACACCGCACUCUUCUUCUCUUCUCUCCUCCUCGGCGCAGCGCAAACGGAGGGAGUUUACACCAAAAGUCCAGAGAUGGUGACUUUACUCCCGGGAUCAGAAGGCAGCCCGAACUGAACUCCCCGCUACUUGCUUCUUCUCCUGCCCGCCGGUUCGUCAUCAUCAUCAUCAUCAUCAUCUUCAACCCAAGCUGACGAGUCCUCCGAAGUUUUGUUUUUGUUUCUUCUCUCUCUUUCGCGAGAGUGUGCGCGGCGCAUGUGGAAGAAGAAGUGAGUCCAGGCAACGUUCAUGCGUUUUAAAGUCAACCACAAGUGAGACGAGGGUGUUGGAGCUGAAAGUCUCUUAUCUCUAAUGAUGUCUUCCAUGCGAGCUACGCCUCCUUUCCACCUGCCGCCAUCCGAGGAGGCGGACGCCCCGGAUCAGGACAACAACGCGGCCUGGGCCGGAGACGAGCGGGAUGGCCCGACGGAGACGAUCCCCGGCACGACCUCUCCGCGCGACCGGCCCUGCCCAGACGAGCCCCCGCCCGUCGGGAAGAAAACGGCGGCCGACAUCGUCGAAUGGGAGACGGUCGCCCCGGCCGUGAUGGACAAUGAAGGCAGCAAAGGCUGCUCUGGCUACCCUUACUGGACUAACUCUACCUCUCCUACCAAGCCGGAGGAGUGUUCCAGGGAUCGAGGGGAGUCGGUGAUCGGCCUGGCCUUCGGGACUCCCGAGCGACGUAAAGGAAGUCUGGCAGACGUGGUUGACACACUGAAACAGAAGAAGCUCGUGGAGCUGACGAAGUCGGAACAAGACGGUGAGAGAAAGUCCUCAGCUUGUUGAAAAUGUGUGUGGAUGGUUUUUCAUCUCUGUCUUCAGGGA